GCUAGUCAUCCGCAGUGGCAGUGGUCCACGGUCACACCUAGAGUAGAAUCGAAAGCGAACGGACGCGCGCCUGUUGGCUGCGAGAAAAACAGCACAAAUCCUUUUGUUUCAAAAGAAAUCUUACACAAAAUCCUUUUAUCCUUAAUUUGGAAGAGCUGGUGAUGUACACCAGCUAGUUAAUUUGCUUUUGGAAAAAUAAGGAUCAACGCCACUGCCACUGCUGACUCCCAACAAAACAACAAGAACGAGAAACAACAAAGCGGGAACAAAGAAAGUCGUAGUAGCUUCAAAGCCAACUUUUAGUCACGGAACAACCUUGGGUGACUCACUGCCAAUAUCACUGCCGAUUGGAGACUGAGCACUGCCUUCGACGUCGUCGUCAUCGUCCUUCGAGCUACAAAUAAGGGGAAAUAAAACAACACAAAGAUGCAGCCACCGAAUCAAGAGAUCGGAAUGCCCCAAAAGCACCGCGAUCACAUCAUCAAGAACCGGGAUAAGCUGGUGAGAGCGACAAACUACAGCAACCUCAUGAACGAGUGCGUGAGGGUGGGAAUUCUAUCAUCCAGUAUGCGUAGCAUCAUUGAGGAUGUAAACGAACGCUUCAACAUGUCAGCGGAGGAGUUUCUUCACUCACGGCACUGCAAACUCUUCGAGAAGAUCACCCGUCGGGGUCCUAAGGCCUACAACAUGCUCAUACAGGCCCUGCGCAAUAUCAACUGCAUUGAAGCCGCCGAACUGCUCGAAUCAGUGGACGAAACCAGCUCCCGUCCCCCAUUCAUUUCGAUUAAGGAGCGGAACACCAUUCGAAACUCAGCGGACAUUGUAGACACUCCGUCGUCAACGCAAGGGGAUGGUGCCUGCAUCAGCAAGAGAAAAUAUGGAAAUCCCAGUGCUCCACUUACGCCGUACACAGACCCAGUAACACCAGGGCGCGAGGUCAAGAAGUCUGACAGGAUUCAUAAGGACGAUGUGGUGGGCACAUACAAGAUGCAAUCCCGUCAUAACCGAGGCGUGCUGCUCAUGAUUAACAUCAUAGACUUCCAGGACCCGAAACGCAAACGAAACGGAGCCGACGUGGAUAGCAACUCGCUGAUAUAUCUGUUCCGCGAAAUGGGAUUCACCAUCUUCGCUUUCGGGAACAUGGAUCAGAAGGAGUUCUUCGACAUACUGAACAAGGUGACCUCCUCCUCGUAUGCCCGGGACACUGAGUGCUUUGUAAUGGUUCUGAUGACCCACGGCAACAGAGUGGAUGAGGUGGACAAGGUCGAAUUCCACGAUGGAUCUGUGGUGGAUAUGCAGAAGAUCAAGAACCAUUUCCAGGCGCACAUCAGCCCAAAUCUGGUGAACAAGCCCAAGGUGCUAAUCUUUCCGUUCUGUCGCGGCGAUCAGCCGGAUUUGGGCCAGCCCAAAAACAUGUACGACUCGAUGGCUCACCAGGAAAUAAUGAUGCCCAAGGAGCAGCCCAUGGUGGAGACGGAGGGCAUGUCCUCCAUUUAUGAAAAUGUGGCCACCCUGAAGGAUACAUUAGUUUGCUACGCCAACACGCCUGGAUAUGUGACCCAUAGGGAUCCCGAAAUGGGUAGCUGGUACAUCCAGAAGUUCUGCCACACGAUGGCCGAUCACGCGCACAACCUGAACCUUGAGGAAAUCCUGAAAAUCACAAACGCCUCCGUGGGCAACAUGCGCACUAUGAACGGAUCCAUGCAGACGGGCUCCUUCGAUAACAUCGGAUUCAACGACAAGCUGUUCUUCAAUCCAGGCUUCUACCUGGAGGAGUAGCCGCAGACACUGCCCAUAUUGAAAGCAUUCCCGACUGAAUCUUUGCAUUUUUUUACAGCAUUUAUGUAUGUUUCGUCGUAGUUUUAAAUGUCCUUUAGAUUAUGUGUUUUGUGCUCGCGUGCUAUAUACUUAAAUUUAUACUCAUCGAAUUUUUAUGUCCAAGUGCUAAUAUUUUUGAAACAAAAAGUUCAAUAUACCCCAAUUAAUAAGGGGUAGAAGCAAUUAUCUCUUGUGAUAGAAUCUGAACUCAAAAACAAGCCAUUUCAAACAGAAAUCGAAUUGCAAUUAAACAGUGUAUGGCCAACUUCCAGUCUAAUUUAAGAGAUUAAUUUUUAAAUGAAAAUUAAACAUCACACUUUUGUGAGAACGAUCCCAAUCCAAA